AUGCGUUACUCACUCCUCGCUUUCGCUACUUGCGCUCUCGCAGCCCGGCCUUUCCUGAACGAACCAGACACUGGUAUCGAUGACCAGUUGGCUGGGUUCGUCGCCAAUGGUACUCUGCCUCCUCUCAGCUCCCUGGUUGGUCUGCCAGACUUCCAGUGGGUUGGUCGUCAACACAUGAACACCUCAGCCUACACAUACUACCGCAACGGAGCGGCUGGCGAAUGGUCGUACCGCAACAACCUGGAAGUCUUCUCCCGGUACCGAUUGAGACCACGCGUCCUGCGUGAUAUUACCAACAUCGAGGCUUCCAUGCCCACGACCAUCCUUGGCCACAACUUCUCAGCGCCGUUCUUCAUCUCACCGUGUGCGCGUGGCGGAUAUGCCAACGCGGAUGGCGAGCUUGGUCUCGUCAAGGGUGCUGGCGAGGGCAACAUCCUCUACAUGACCUCGCUCUACUCGUCAAAGAGCCUAGAGGAUAUCUACGCUGCUCGUCCCAACGGUUCAGAGCAAGUCCUGUUCCAACAAGUCUACCUUGAUGGUGACAUGAACGACACACAAGUUCUCUUCAAGAGGAUCGAGAGCCUUGGUGCGAAGGCUAUUGUCCUGACCGUCGACUCGCCCGGUGACGGUGUCAGGCACCGUGCUGCACGUUACGGUGUCGGUUCCGCAGACGUCAACCUGAGCCUUCUGACCUGGGAUCUGUUCCAGCAGCUGUCCAACAUGACCUCCCUGCCUAUCAUCCCCAAGGGUAUCCAGACUGUUGAAGACGCCCGCGAAGCCGUCAAGCAGGGCGCAAAGGCCAUUUUCCUCUCCAACCACGGCGGCCGCCAAACCGACACUUCGCCAUCAUCUCUUGAAGUUGCUCUGGAAAUCUACAACGAAGACCCCGAGAUCUUCCAGCAGAUCGAAGUUUACGCUGACGGCGGUAUCCGCUACGGAACUGAUGUUCUCAAGCUCCUUUCUUUGGGUGUCAAGGCUGUCGGUCUGGGUAGGCCUUUCAUGUACGCCAACAUCUACGGUGCUGAGGGUGUCGCAAGGGCGACUGAGAUGCUCAAGUACGAGCUCAUCAACGACGCAGCCAACAUUGGUGUAGCAGACCUGAAGAAGAUUGGGCCUGAGCUGGUUAACUGGAAGACUCCUGCUGUCAGCUUCAGCGUUUAA